GACAAGGCGGAUAUCCUGGAUCUGAGACAGAGGUGGAUGAAUGUAGCUAGGGAGGAGGAGAUGCCUAGUAAGAAACCUUGUAACACAACUAGGCUUGGGAAGCUGGAUUCAAAUCUACCCUGCAUUUCAGUUUUGCAUGCACAGUGGGAAUUACUGUGAUAUGGCGUUUAGCUAGGCUACUCCAUAGUCUGACUGCAGUCGCCAAAGUACAGUUUAUUUAAAGCGAGGUGGGGUUGGAGCAAGUCUCCGAUUUAUUGUUAGCUUGCCAGUGUAAAUUAUUUGUGGGGCUGAGGCUUGUUAGCUUGAGCUAGUUCUCUGCACUGAAACGUCAAUGCCAACAUGGCAGGGAGCAACCAAGGCCCAAGCUCUGGAGUUGAGGAUAGGAGUUUUCGGAGUAAACAAAAUGAAGAGGUGAACAAGAAGUUGAAGUACAUCAGUUUGGCCAUCCUGGUCAUCCAGAAUGCCUCGCUCAUCCUCAGCAUCCGAUAUGUGCGCACGUUGCCGGGCGACCGCUUCUUCGCCACCUCUGCUGUCGUCAUGGCGGAGCUCCUCAAAGUCGCCACCUGCCUGCUCAUCAUCCUGUUCCAGAAACGGGGCAAGCUGACAGAGUUUGGGCUGUUCCUGUACGACUCCAUAGUGGUCCAGUACAGGGACACGCUGAAGCUGGCCGUCCCAUCCCUCAUCUACACCCUGCAGAACAACCUCCAGUAUGUGGCCAUCUCAAACCUCCCAGCCGCCACCUUCCAGGUGACGUACCAGCUGAAGAUCCUGACGACGGCCCUGUUCUCGGUUCUGAUGCUGCGUAAGAGCCUGUCGCGGGUGCAGUGGGUGUCGCUGCUGCUGCUGUUUGCCGGCGUGGCCAUCGUGCAGGUGCAGCAGGAGAGCAGCCGACAGAAGGAGAGCGUGGCGGCAGUGGCGGCGGACGGCGACGGGGGCCCCGAGCAGAGCUACGGCAAGGGCCUGGUGGCGGUGGUGGUGUCCUGCCUGUCCUCGGGCUUCGCCGGCGUCUACUUCGAGAAGAUCCUGAAGGGCAGCUCGGCGUCGGUCUGGAUGCGCAACGUGCAGCUGGGCAUCUUCGGCACGGCGCUGGGCCUGCUGGGCAUGUGGUGGAACGACGGCGCCGCCGUGGCCGAGAAGGGCUUCCUAUUCGGCUACACCUCCAUGGUGUGGGGCGUGAUCCUCAACCAGGCCUUCGGGGGCCUCCUGGUGGCCGUGGUGGUGAAGUACGCCGACAACAUCCUGAAGGGCUUUGCCACCUCCUUCUCCAUCAUCAUCUCCACCGUGCUGUCCAUCUACCUCUUCGGCUUCCACGUGGACCUGCUGUUCACGGCGGGCGCGGGGCUGGUGAUCGGCGCCGUCUACAUGUACAGCCUGCCCAAGACGAGCGCUGUGCCCACUUUGUCCUCCACGUCCUCCUCGUCCCCCAUGAACCAAAGGAGAAGAGAUGACACAGAGAUGGAGGCUUUCCUUGCAAAGAGUUCCGGAAAAGAAAAGGGAAGCUGAGUUCAUCACAGUCCUACUACAGCAAUAAAAGUUUAGGUCCUGAGGGUUAGAAAAACCCUGCCAAACCAAAUGUGAAACAUGGAUACACAACCAUUCAAGUGCCUUCUCUUAUCUGUAAGUUGUAGCAUUGGAUGGAAAUGGAAACAUUUCUGACUGUCGUCUGCCUUGCUGUAAUGCAUUAUGAUAAUAUUUUUCUAUUAUUCAACAAUGAUCAAUGAUCAUAUCAUUCAUGUGAAUUUACGUACAGUAUUGAUGCACUAGGUACUGGGCCCAAUCAUGUGCUUUAGUCAUUGGCUGCUAUUUCAUGGCUAAAUUGUGUAGUGGUCAUUCAGUGACAUGGGAGUAUCAGAUUGUGAUUGCAUGUGUUUACAACAUAACAUUACAUCUUAUUACCUCACUCAGAAAGAUGCCUUUAAAAUAUGUUUGUCUUUUAUCGUUGCCCUCUCUCCAUUUCGCUUUAAAUGAAAGUUUUGAAAAGCACUCCUUAGGGCCUACACCCUUAGGGCCUACCCUCCUUCAUUUUGAAUACACUCUAAGAAAAAAAAACAUUGGGAGCUUGACUUGUGAUUUGAUCUGUUAAACAACGGCACCACCUGCUGGUCUUCAGAAGACAGGGUGGUCCUCUUUUUUAUGCUUAUAAAAAAGCCUGUAACAUUUCUCUCCUGCUACUUUCUAUGGUAAUACUGACAGCUGUCUAUGCAAUAUAUUGAUACACUACAUUGUGAAUAACAACUAUGAGGUUGAACUGUUGAAGAUAAGAUAGGACAACGUUUUAGAAGUUUUUGGGAAUAAUAGGAAUCUGGUGCUACAACAACAAAACUGACUGAAUGUAUUGGAACUCACCAGUAUUUUGAAUAAAGAAAUAGUAUUUUUUAAAUUGUGCUGAUUGGUGGGUUUAAUGUGGUGAUGGUGGCAUAAUACAGUAUA